AUGACCGAUGGACCUCCAUUGAUGCUCAAUCGAGCGUUCUUUGAGAGAAAGGAAAACUUCCUCAAGAUUCUUCAAUUGAUCUUCGGUUUCAUCAACAUCUUCACAAACUACUGGUGCUACCCAAACCCCCAUUUCUUAUAUUGUGGAGAGAGGUACUUCACGUCCUCCCAAGUGUUCCAACUAGUCGUUUUCAAUGGAUUCUGCCUGUUUCUCACACUUUCUAUGAUUCUUGCCAACAUCGCUGGGGCAUAUGAUGCGUUUUACAAAACAAACCCAUAUUUAUUGGAGAGGUACUUGGUCUUCCUACAGACUUUUCUUUAUACCGUUGCCUGCAUUACUUUGAUAGUGGACUAUGAAAACAGCCCCUACGCAAAAGCUUUUACAGUUCCUUUGAUCUCAACUUCAUUCACUCUUCUUGCCUACGUCAUCGAUACCACAAUGCAAUGCCGUCGCAAGAAUCCACUUGGCCACUGA